UGAGAUUUGGAAGGAUGGCCUCUCGAGACUACCUCAAGAGAAACCGGAAGAGCAAGCAGCAACAAACUUUUCCCGGUAAUUUUAUAUAGCUAGCUAGUUAAAGUUGUUUAGUGUUUUCUCAUAUUUAGGCACCAACACAUUAAAGAACACUUCGACAACCAGUAUAUCCUUUCCCAGCGAGAUACUUGAAUGUUUUAGAUUUUCAACAUGUCCUUGAGUGUAGUCCACUCCACGCUGUCUAGUCUGAAAACAUGUCGGACAGAUAUUGGAACUGGGAUGGACAUUGUGACAGACGUUGCGCUGGAUGUGGCAGAAACAGCAGGAACUGAGAAUGAUGCAGUCCUGAAGAAGCUUGACUUGAUGAUGCUGGAGUGUGCCAAACUGGACCGGGAGAUCAACUGCUUCGUUGAGGUGGUGGACUAUGUCACUGCAGAGGUGAGGAACCAGGAGCCUGAGGCCAUGUUCAGACUGAAGUCUCUGGUGAAGGAGAGGUUCACUGAGACACACGGCAGACUGUCUGAAGGAGAACUACAAAACCACGUCAAGCUGGUCAGCUUUAAGGAGAGCGUCAGAAACGCACUCAAAACAAUGAACCCUGAGGCAGCAGAGAAUAUGGAGGAGGAGCUGGAUGAGGAUAUUGCUGUGACGCAGAGUGAGGUUAACUUCACCUGUCCCCUCACUCAGGUGGAGAUGGUGAACCCAAUGAAGAACAAAAAGUGUAACCACCACUACGACCGGGACGCCAUUAUGGGGAUGAUCAGCGCCAGGCAAAGCCAGAAGAAGAAGUUACGCUGUCCGGUGGUUGGCUGUGGCAAUACGGACGUGAAGCAGGGAGACCUGAUCCUAGAUCAGAUUAUGAAGAGACAGAUCCAGAAGAGGUAGACUGCCAAGACAUGAUUCUGGUCCAGAAGAGGUAGACUACCAAGACAUGAUUCUGGGGUACGCCACUCAUCAAUCCUGACAAUAAGAAUUCCACUUUAAUUUAGUUUAAACGUGACUUUUUGUUGUUGUGACCAAAUGUAUUGCUGCUCUGUGUGGUGUAAUUUGGUCAUCACAGAAUUGCACUAUUCAGAAGUUUUAUAAAACAACAUCUCUUUGUUUAUACAUAAGGGAUUCAUCUUUUUCAGUCAGUUCAAUAAAAGUUUUGAUACAAUUUACCUAUCAAUAAAGUCAUUGGGAUGCACUUCAGAGAACAGCAGCAUCCUAAGCCUUUGGUGUUGAGAACCUGCAGUUGCUGUAUUAGACCACUGGGGGGCAGUGUCAUCCCUGGAAUACACCGCAAAGGGCUCAGGAGAGGUGACUCAGGUCGUGAGGAGAGAAGCUGGAUAAUCAUAACUUAUUAUGAGAGAGUUGGGCUGAAUUAAUUAGAGAAUGGGGGGGUUUCCUAAAUACUUACAAACGAUAGAAAGAUCAUGUCUGUAACAUUCAAAGUGAAAAGAUUAUUGAAUCAAGGAUGUGGAAAUAAUAAAAUAUCUGUUUUCAGUUCCAUCCUAAAAGGAGACCA